AUGAAUUCACUGCCACAAGAAAUUCGGAAUAAAAUACCAACACCACCAACGCUAAAAAAGUUGCCGCAGCCAAUCCAAGAGAAGAUUAUGGCUGUUGUAAAAAACGGAAGUUUAUCUCUGGCUCAGAAGCGUUCACAGUUGGAAGCUAUAUAUGAUGCCCUAACACCGGAUCAGAAGAAGCUUGUACCUCUAUGGGCCAAAUUAAGAGAAUGCCCAAAACUGUUCUGUCGAAUGAAAUAUGACCAGUGUCAAACAGUUUAA